AUCUGGAUCCCUGUAUUAAUGUCUCGUGUAGCUAUUUCGGUGUCUGCAAAGCGUUUGCACCCAACGAUGGCCGCUGUGUUUGUGUGACAAACUGUCCGACUUACGAGGAACAAGUGUGCUCUUCCAACGGAACCACUUUCAAAAACAGAUGCUUCUUUGAACUAGAAAUGUGCAGAAUCAGAAGUAACCAUACUUUGUACCAUCCAGGAAGCUGUAGAGGUUUCCCGCUUGAGAAAGGAAGAGAAUUCUGGUCUUCAYAUUCAGGGGAUCAGACCGUCUGCMAAGAAAUCAAAUUCAGACCUUAUGCGUUUUAUCCAGACAAACAAGUUCACGUCCAUCUUACUGUCAAUCAUGUUAAUACAACCAAUCACAAUCUGGUCCACGACGCUACUGCAUCAUGGGUAGAACGUGUUCAUUACCAGGGAUUCACUGCCUGUGUGACUACMGCUGGUCGAGGUGAGGGAGCACGUGCUACUGAAACCUCUUUUGAUUGGUUCGCUUACCAAGGUGCACCUGAUGGAGGCGUGACUGAUCGAACAAGGAUGGACGAGUGGUGGACUGGUACAAGUUGUAAAACAAUUCAGCUCCCAAAGGAUAAAUUCCAGACUGAACCCACUGUAAUAGUAACAGCGGAACACAUUAGUACUGCCUUCAAACACGAUGCUGCCAACAUCUGGCUUGAGCAAGUCAACAAGACGUCUUUUCAAGUUUGUUUGCGUGAAUUGCAGAACUUUGACGGUUUACACCAAGACAUUCAUGUGAGUUGGCUUGCGUUUGAUAAAGUUCACCAGCCUCUAUUCAGUGAAAAGAGACAAAUAUACUUUCCAAACACAGGAAGUCCUUCAGUGAGAAAUAAUGGAGCUUUUUGCAAGGAUGUCAAAUACAUCAAGAGUUACAGUUUUGUGCCUGUUGUUAUCUUGUCCACCAACCAUACACAAAGACAGGAUGCAAACAAAGCAGUCUGCGAUGGAGUUUCAACGUGGAUCGAGUACCUAAACACGACAGGAUUUCGUGUGUGCGUCAAGGAACUCUACACCAAUCAAUACGAAUCAAUGACAAUUAGCUACUUGGUAUUGGCAGAUAUAUGUGAUCCAGGAUGGAGAUACUUUGAUGGAGUUUGUUUUCAGACCAGCUCAUCGUGUGAUACUUGGUUGAAUGCAGAGAAUCAGUGCAGGUCAUCACAGUCCCACCUCGCAACCAUCAGAUCUCAGCGAGAAAACGUGUUU